AUGGCGGAACGUGGUGCUCCUUCGGGACCCAAAAGACGCUGCGUCAGCACGGCCUGCAUCGCCUGUCGCAGAAGGAAAUCCAAGUGCGAUGGGAAUCUACCUAGCUGUGCUGCCUGUUCCUCGGUUUACCAUACGCCAUGCAUAUAUGACCCAAAUUCAGACCAUCGCCGUAAGGGUGUGUAUAAGAAAGAUAGUGAUACCUUGAGAACCAAGCAUAUCACCCUGCAGACUUUGAUCCAAGCAAUAUUAAAUUAUGACGAAGACGAUGCCAUUGACCUGGUACGCCAAAUCCGCUCAUGCGACGACCUUGAAGAUGUCGCAAAGUCAGUCGUUGCCCGUCAAGAAGGCCUCUUAUAUGCAGCCUCGCGGACCGGGGAGCAAGCGAGCGAUGAGAGCGCUGAAUCGGUGGAUCAGUUCGAGACCGAACUCUCAGGCAAGAUGAGCGAGCUCAUGCUGGACGGCUCUCGCAAAUUUAUUGGGGGCACGUCAAAUCUUAUUUUCCUCCCACCGGGCUCAGAACUACACGAGUCUGCUUCAAUGGCCGAUGGUCUCCCGUUGAGUCCUGGCGGUGAUGCGCAUCCCGUGACGCGAUGGACACAAGUCACAGCAGAUGCUUCACUGAUCAGCCAUCUCAUAACAAUGUACUUCACCUGGCAUUAUCCAUUCUUCACCAUCCUGGCCAAAGAGUUGUUCUAUCGAGACUACACCCGAGGUAUAUCAAGCGUGUAUUGCUCACCCUUGCUGGUUAACUCGAUGCUCGCCCUCGGUUGUCACUUCAGCUCGCUGCAGGGAGUCUUUGCAGACCCCCAAAAUCCCGCGACGGCCGGUGAUCAUUUCUUCAAAGAGGCCAAGCGGCUAGUCUUGGAAAACGACGAACAUGAGAAUGCGAAGCUUUGCACAGUCCAGGCCUUUGCACUCAUGUCUGUGCGUGAAGCAGGCUGCGGUCGCGAGGGCAAGGGCUGGGUUUAUAGCGGCCUUAGCUUCCGCAUGGCCUUUGAUCUUGGGUUGAACGUUGAUGCUGCAAAUCUCGGUGCGCACAACCUCGGCGAUGAGGAAAUAGAUGCCCGCCGCAUCACAUUCUGGGGAUGCUACCUGAUUGACAAGUGCUGGUCAAAUUACCUCGGCCGCCAGCCUCAAUUGUCUUCAUCUAAUACAAACGUGCCUAAAUUCGAUGUUUUACCGAAGGAAGAAAUAGAAGCCUGGUCGCCAUACAGUGAUAAGGGUGUAGACCACGAUUAUGUGCAGCCUUCGCGAACCAGAGCUGUUGCACUGCAGGUUUCAAAAUUGUGCGAGAUAAGCAGUGAUCUUCUCGUGUUCUUCUAUCAUCCGGCGGAAUUGGAAAAAUCGCAGCAGAAGCAGUCAGAGCUGAAGAAGCUUAGCGACGUCCACACACGCCUUGAAGCAUGGAAAAAAGAACUUCCCAGUGAGCUCGAACCCAAGGAAGGACAGCUUCCCCAGGUCCUUGUCAUGCACAUGUUUAACCAACUCCUUCUCGUCCACCUAUACCGGCCGUUCUUAAAGUACACCAAAACCAACACUCCACUCCCUCCACACGUUUCACCUCGCAAGAUAUGCACCCAGGCUGCAUCGGCGAUAUCAAAACUGAUGCGGAUGUACAAACGCACCUACGGUCUCAAACAGAUCUGUAAUAUCGUCGUCUAUAUCGCUCACACUGCCUGCACUAUCCACCUUUUGAACCUGCCGGAGAAAAACGCGCAACGAGAUGUGAUCCACGGCCUCAGGAACCUCGAAGAAAUGGCUGAAGGCUGGCUUUGUGCUCGUCGAACAUUGCGCAUACUCGACAUCUCUGCCAACAAGUGGCAGGUCGAACUGCCUCCUGAAGCCAGGUCUCUCUUCGAGCGCACCCAUACAAAAUGGGGCUCAUGGGGUUCUUGGGAUCAAGCGACAUCUCCCUCCGCUUCUACCGACUCUCCAGUUACACACUCAGCCUUGCAAUCCACCGUCACGAGUCCAAGCCGGUUUUCCCCUUCUGCAAAUCCAACUCCUCCCAGUCAGCGCGCAGAACCCAUACCCGCCAACGCCUUCCCCACGAUGGGCGUAUCGAUGGGCCCUCAAUACCCCCCUAUAGCUACAAUGACUACGUCCAUGGCACCGAUGCAUGCCACCCCGCAUCAAACAGUACCAAGCCCUGACCUUGCACCACCGGAGCCUACAUAUCUCCGACCAAUGUCGCAAGGUCAAUACCAGAUGCCAUCACUUGCAUCCUCAGGCCCAUCGGCCCAUCCGAGUCCAAAUGCCUGGUAUAAUACAUCCGGUGUCCCAGUCGCGCCCCACAGCACACCCACAAGAUCACCGGCGUCACCCGUCAGCGGAUUCGGCGCGGAGAACCUAGUCGAGCAGAGCCAAGACUGGUGGAGCCGGAAUGCCGCGGCGUUGGGCUUGGGCAUGGAGACUUGGGGCGGGCCGUGGAGUCCGGAUAUCUCCAACCCAAAUCUCCAGUAUGAGAAUAACCGCGGCCAUUUCAUGCCGAUGGGUCAGCAUCCGAGUCCUGGAUCUGUUUCCGAGUAUCAGCCGCGGGUGGGUAUCGAGAUUCCGAAUAUGAGCUCACCGGCGGAAAGCCAUGGGACUCCCGGCUUCGAUGGUCAGUGGCAAUGA